AUGAAUCGCUGCGGAAGCCAAUUCUGUACUCUCGCUCGUAAGGGUGGGCUUGGUAACCCAACAGCUUCGCGAGUUUCCACAAAGUCCAAGCAGUGGCCGGGAUCGGCGUCCACAAGAAGUUUGUCGUCGCCAUCAGAAGCCCGCGUGAAACAUCGCAAUGACCUGGACACAUUGGUCUCAGUUCUCGAGGUCUCGGCAACCAAAAGAGAUGCCAAGGGCUAUCUGCAAAAAUACACCUCCAAAAAGCAAAAGCCAAAGGUCAAGGCGGCCACGCAGACAGCCCAGGACACACAGGUCGCAGAACAGCAGAACAUGGCCCUUGCAGAAACACUGGAUAUUUCUCAGGAGCCUAGGAAUGUUGCCAUUGUGAAGAUCCGCACGCCGCAGUUCGUUGACGAUGACAUCCUGGAAGGUGUGGCCAAAACCCUGACACAACUUCGGACACUGGGCUUGCUGAGCAUUGUCGUCGUCGAUUGUGGGCCGGACGAGAAUCGCGAGACAUACGAUACGCAGGCGUUGCGAUUUUGUGAGGCGAUUGACUCAUUCUCAAAGCCUGGUUCCAAAAUCCUCUCAGAAGUCAUCAAAGGCCCCAGUGUGAGUGACGGCGAAUCCCCUUCGAUUCUGCAAACUAGAUCUGAGGUGGACGACCUCGGUCGGCUGAAACUCUGUCUGCAACAUGGCCUGAUCCCAGUCGUGCCAUCAUUGUCGCGCAAAGAUGAUCUGUCCUCGACUUGCCCAGCCGAUGCCCACCAGGUCGUCCUGACAUUGACCCGGUACCUGACGGGUAUGCAGUUUGGGGCACAGAAUCUGGAGGCUGGCCAGGAAGGCGGGAAUUUUGAGAAACCUGUCAAGAUCGCGUCGGUCGAACGAAUCUUUGUACUGGACCCCCUAGGAGGUACACCCGUACCUGGGCGACCUGGCGCCGCCCAUCGCUUCGUCAAUCUGGACCAGGAGUACGACACAUUGCUACGGCAGCUCAUGGGACCAGAAGGAUCGCCCGUCGCUCGGAGAGAGUUCUGCAAAGCUUCAGCGACUGUGCAUGGAUCAAAUCUCAAUAUGGUCAAGGAAGCUCUUUCGGUCCUGCCGCCAACGUCGUCAGCCCUGAUCACGACACCUUCGGCAGCGGCCACUGCCAGUAAUGAUUAUUCCUCUCUGAACGAGCAGUCGAUGAAUGCGCCUACGUUUGGCUUUGAUGGCAUGGUUACGACAAGGAUCAGGCGGAACCCGCUAUUGCAUAAUCUCGUCACAGACAAACCAGUGUACUCAGCAUCACUGCCGUACCAGCGGAUCCGAGAUGGCGGCUUCAACGGACUCGACACUGGACCGUCGGCAGCGGCAACGCUUGUCAAGCGCGGCAUGCCAUUGACCAUCUUUCCGAAUCCGCGGCUGAGUCCGUGGCGUCCACCACAGCCCGGCGCAGACCGACUGCGGCUCACGGACAACUGUAUCGACCUGCCCCGGCUCGUGUACCUCAUUGAGGACUCAUUCAACCGCAAGCUGGAUGUGGACGAUUAUCUCUGCAGAGUCAAUGAGAAUCUGGCUGGUGUGAUCAUCGCGGGAGAGUACGAAGGCGGUGCUAUUCUAACCUGGGAGGUCCCUGAGGGUGUUGACAAAGAGACUGCUUAUAGAGAAGGACGUCUCGUGCCGUAUCUCGACAAGUUUGCUGUUCUCAAGAGUCGACAAGGAAGCGGUGGCGUUGCCGAUAUUGUGUUCAACGCGAUGACAGGAGACUGCUUCCCAGGCGGCGUUUGCUGGCGCAGUCGUAAAGACAACCCCGUCAACAAAUGGUACUUUGAGCGGUCGACCGGUGUCACGCAGCUGCAGGACAGCAACUGGACGAUGUUCUGGACGACCCCAGGUCUGGACCCGCGCCAUGCGACGGUCAGGGACUAUGAGAAGGUCUGCCGUGGCGUUGAGCCUUCUUGGGCUGACAACAAGCAUAUUUUGGACUGA